AUGUCGAAGCGUGCAGCGGACGAGCAGGAGGAGUUCUGGACGUCCCCCGCAAAGCGUCCGCGCGACCUCAGCUGCACUCCCGCCAAAUCGACACCAGCGCGCAGCUCAUCUUCAGUAUUCUCAACGCCCUACACGCCCUACUCCGUCCCCUCCGAUUCGCCCACAAACCCCUUUGGCUUCAAACGCCGAUCCCAGAAACUCACCCUCCCCAAACCCACUUCAUUCGGCAAGCACCUCCCGCUCCGAUUUCAAUGCAUCAAGUCUCCACACCUCCGUGCGCCACUGCGACGAUCUGGAAGUCUUGUGUUUGACAAUGAUUUCAAGUCUGAGGGGACUUAUUCUGUCGUACAAGUCCCGCUCUCGUACAGCUUCCGCCUCCUUCGACAACUUAUCCUUUUCCUCUUCAACGGCGACCCGACUUUGCCUCCUCCCACGCGGCCAGAAGAUGGACAUCUAUUUGAAGUUCAGGAUAAGGUCGCCGUCUAUCCUCCAUACGCCAAACCAGGCCAGAUCAAGCAAGGUCGGACAUGGGCGAAGCUGUCGAGCGUGCGGGAUCCUUACUAUUCGGCACAGUCCAUCAUGGAUCUUGUCGCGAAUGCGGAGAAGGUCGAAGCGAGCUUCGGGUUGGAUGAGGAGGAUAUGGAGGGAGGCGAGUGGCGUUGGGAGGCUGAGGAGGAUUUCUCGCUCAAGCACGCGUUUCCGGACGGACCCAAUUAUAGGCGAGGGAUAGUAUACCACCACGACCGCAACACAAUCAUCCAUAUUACAGUCUGCACCCAAGAUCUCCCCGGCCGCAAAGGCGUCUCGAACAGACCCUUCCUAUUCCGCGCCUUCGGCGCCAUCCACCUCGACCCACCACCGAACCCACCCCUCGCCUCCCGUCUCCCAAAACCCAGACCUAGGAUCACGCGUAUCUUCCCGCUCGCGCCACCGCCACCUGCGGCUUCUUCUUCGGCCACGGUGGUGAAUGUAGAUGGAGAUGUAGGAAAGGGUUCGCCUAGGAAACGAGUCGCGGAGGCGGAUGUGGAUGUUAGGUCGGGUGCUUCGCCGAGGAAGGCUGCUGCACCGAUAGCGAUACCGACGGUGCGUGCGAAGAUGAAGGGGAGGGAGAGGGAGAGAGACAGAGCUGAGAGAGCGGAGAAGCCGACGCCUGUAUUUCGCCCUAAAAAGCGCAAGGUUCUAGGCGAUAUAAGUAAGGACGCCGCUGGUGGAGGUGGUGGUGGUGGAGACGCGAAGGAAUAUGCGACCAAGCCUACCAUCUUCGGAAUCAAACCCUCCACCGCACUCUCCAUCCCCAUCCCAGGCCCCUCUCGCCCCUCCGUUCCAUUACACACAACCGCAAAACCCAUGAAACACAAGUCCCGGACCCUACAGCCCUCCCCCGAAGACCCAGAAACAAUCGCAGCCCGUCUCCUGGCCGAAGAGGAAGCCCGCGAACAAGCCCGACGUGACAAGAUCGCCCGCGACGAAGAAACGCGCUGGAUGAGAGAAGCAAGCCACGAUCCUCGACCAUACAACAAGAAUGACGCUUUCGAGCGGUUCAUCUCAUUAGCUUACAUUCCUCCCGCCUCGCAUUCCGAUCCCUUCUACUCCAACUCCACCGACGACGAUGCCGACAGAGAAAGAGCGCCACCAUCCCCCUCCUCGUCCUCUCCCUCCCGGUCAUUUGACUCCGACCGGUCCAUGAUGUCUACGAUCUCUUUGACAAGUAGUUAUGGAUCGAGUCCGUACAGGAUGCCGCAGCCACAUCGGCAGCUGUAUAAGUUACCAGCGGAGACGCCGGUGCCGGAUUUGGCGCUGACGAGGUUGAGGGUGGAGAGGGUGGGGAGGAGACUGGAGAGGUUGUCGGAGAGCGGGUGGAAGGAGGUGCAGGAGGUUUGUAAGCCGGAUUAUGAUGAUGAGGAGGAGGAGGGAUCUGAACAGGAGGGGGAGCAGGAGGGAGGGGAAGAAGGUGCGGAGGGGGAGGGGUUUGACGAGGAUGGGUUUUGGGAGGGAGAUGGGGAGGGAGUAGGUAGGGGUAGGGAUGACGGUGGCGAAGAGGGGGGAGAGGAAGAUGCGGAGGGAGAAGAAGACGCGGAGGGUGAAGACGACGGAGGGGAUUGGCGGACUUGGGAUUCGGGUUAUGGUGAUGGCGAGGGAGAGGAAGAGGAAGUAUGAUGUUGUUGUUGUAUCCUGAUCCCAAUCAUACAUUGUCAUUGUCAUUAUCGCAGCUGUCUUGGCUUUCGAGUUUUGGAUCGUUUUAUUAUGUAUAUUUGUUUUGUUGAUGGCUCCGAACCUCGAUACGUAGAUUCGCAUGUACGGCUCUUUAUAAUAAAGGUCAAGCAAUGAAGCGACGAAGUAACAUUACG